AUGGCCUCUGGGGCUUCUCCGUGGCUUGGGGUGCCCCCGCACCUUCUGUGGGCCGUGAGACCUGGCAUCUACGAGGACGAGAAGGGGAGGACCUGGGUAACCGUGGUCGUGCGGCUCAGUCCCUCCCAGAGAGCUCGGGGCAGGGGGUCCCCGGGCAGCACACAUGAACCCAGCAUCACAGUGCACAUGUGGCAGAUGCCAGUGCACCCCCAGGAGCCCAUGUCUCCCAGCCAGCUGACCCUCUCCCAGCUGCCCCUCAUGUGGCAGCUCUACCCUGGAAGAAGGUACAGAGCAAUGGACUCCAGGCUCUGGGAAGUGGUGGACCAUGGCCAGGCAAGUGUGUGGUGGUCCCAGGAGAGGAUUGCCUCCACAGAGCAGCUGAUCCUGGCACAGCUGCCACCCGGGGAGUGA